AUGCGUGAAAAAUUUCAAUUUUUCAAAAAUCACCACACGAAAAACAAAAAAGAUGCCGUGCUCUUCUCAUUGGACGAAAAUGAAGGUAUUUGCUCACCUGACCUUUUUCCCCAAAAAAAAAAAAAAAAAAAAAAAAAAAAAUUUUUUUUUUUUUAUUUAACACAAAAAAAUUGUCAAGGACCAUCAAAAGGGUACUUCAUAGAGACAUUUUUAUUUUAUUUUAUUUUAUUUUUUUUCCCUGAGCUCCCCAUCAAAAUUGAUAUAAAUAUUUUGAAAUAGAAAUUUGUUGUCUGCGUCUCUCAGCUCUCCAAAGUACUGUACUUUUCCCGCCGAAUUUUUCAAGAGCUUGAAUAAUAUUUGUGCUCUUCUUUUUCUUCUUGUUGAGAAAAAGAAAAAAGAUGAGCGCAUCACUUUUUUUUUGUCACAAAGAGGAACUUUUUGAAACUGUGCAGACUUUUUUUUUUUGAAUUUUCUAGGCUCUUGGAAAAUUUUUAAAAUUUUUGUAAAAAAAAAUUCACUGUUUCAAAAUUUGAUAAAAAUUUUUUGUAGGCUAAUUUUCGAUUCUUGUUGGACUUUAUUGAUUUUUUUUUGAAUUUUCUAGAAUUUUGGGAAAUUUUUGAAAAUUUUGUAAAAAAAAAAUUCACUGUUUCAAAUUUUGGACAAUUUUUUCUCGAAACUUUCAUUUGUAAUCCGUGGCAAUUACUGUUAAGGAAAAAAUGUACCGUUUUUUUUGAAGUUUCGAAAAUUUCUUUAUACAUUUUUUGAAACAGUGAAUUGUUUUUUUUUCUACGAUUGUUUUGGACCUCAGACUUAUUCUAAUGUGGACCUUCUAGAUAUACUCAUCAAAAUUUCCACCUUUGAAAAAUUAUCUAUCAAAUUUUUGAAACGUAUUUCUCCAAGAUUUUUUUAUCUGAAAAUAUUCGAGAAUUUUUUUUUAAUUUUUUGGAUUUUAUACUGUAAAAAAUCACUGUUUCAAAAUUUCUCCAAAAUAUUUUCCAUUUCAUUUUUUUCAGACAUGACUUCAGUCUCAAUCCGCGUCCGAAACGAUGAUGGAAAUGAUGUUGUGGUUUCACCCACCGAUGGUGUAGAAAACACCAAUGUGAGUUUUUUGACUUAUUUCAAACGACACUCCGCAAUUACGCAUUUAUCUAUUUUUUUUGCAGAAUUUAUCUCGUCGGAACAGUCGACGAGAUUCUUCCACACCUGGUUCAUCAAUUCGAAGAUCUCGACCUUCUUCUACGUUUUUCAAUGACACUUGUGAUGUUAAUGAUAUGGUUCCGAUUACUAGGGUUAGUUUUGAGUUGGGGGGAAAUUUGGGAAAUUUUUUAAAAAAAUUUGAAACAGUGA